AUGAAGGUCAUCUUCAGUCUCUUGGCCCUCGGGCUCCUGAGCGUCGUCUGGGGCUCCAAGAUGAAGGUCGUGUUCACGAGAGCGACUUAUAGUGAUGGGCAUACGGUGGUUCCGGGUGACGACAAAUACCGUAUGCAACUGAAGGAAGUCGACGAUUUCACACCGAACGAUCUCUACGGGGAGUGCCGUGGCGAGAUGUAUACUAGUGGCAAAAACUGUACGAUCCAGACCGAUAAAAAUGAUGGGGAUGCCACGAGAUUUUACCUGAAAAUCUAUACCAACACCGAGGCGCUGACCGGGCCCCACCAAAUCCAAUGCCUUUCGCUGGACCAGACGGAUAAAGACUCGAUCAGGGAAUACUACGGCGAAUUCCAAGUGGUCGGCAACAACACUUGCCACUGGACGUUCCGCAAAAACGAUGGUACCACCUGGAGCCAGGGUCGCGGUGACUGCAUCUCUUGCUGUGGCUAUGAGAGCUGUGAUGCUGCUUCGUAUAUCUCGAACGACAAGCCCUACAACAAUAUUGUCAUU